AUGGACUCUGAACGAAAUGAAGAACGCGCGGCUGCGUCGAGCGAGCGAGCUGGGUUGGAACUUGAAGUACAGCAAAAACAUCAGGCGGUUAUCGUGAAGGCCCUCUCGCCCCGCGCCCCGCUCCCCUCCGGACUCGAUCUGACCGGGCAGAACAGCAAUGACUCGGGCGGCAGCGGCGGCGCCGGGCGCGCCAGCACGCCGCAUUUGAGGCCUACACCGAGCCCCACAGGCUCCAGCGGAUCGCGAUCCAUGUCACCGGCUGUCGGUACGCAGAACGUCAGUAUGCCACCGCGACCGUCAUCGUCACUGUCGGACGGCGGCGGCCCGCCAGUGCGAGCCGGGGCCCCGGCGGCCGGCCCGCCUCCUUCUGGGGCUCCGCCGCCCGGGGCCAUGCUCCCGCAGUCCUACCAUUAUAAGCCCGCGCCGUACCCGCCCCAGCCCUACGGAUAUCCGCCGCCGCGUAACCAUCCCUAUCCAUAUGGCGGGUACCGACCUACGCCGCCACCGCAUCCUUCACAACACUAUCCACCGCUUAAGGGCGGUGUGGGCCGCCACAUGGGUCCGCCGGGUGAAUCAAUGGGACCGCCAAAUGCGCCAGGAGAGGCUCACGAUAAUGGUCCGGCGCCUCCGGCAACGGCCCUUGUCACGACCGGCCCUGAUGGAGCUCCCUUGGACGAAGGCAGCCAGCAAAGCACGCUUAGUAAUGCAUCCGCAGCAUCGGGCGAAGAGCCAUGCGGUACCGGCAAGGGCUCUCGCAAGGACUAUGGCAGUGCGGCGCCUUCGCCCUCUCCGGGAGGUGGCUCACAUUCCUCCGCCCACGAUGACUACGAGACUUCGCCGUCGCCUUGGCCAAGACCACCCUCUAGUCCCGUGUUUAACAGUCACAUACCUCCGGAGUCCUACAGAUCAAAGAAGUCGGACUCGCUGGUCAAGCUUUACGAGAUGGACGACGCCCCCGAGAGGCGGAGCUGGGUCGAGAGGCUACUCGCCUUCAUGGAGGAACGCCGGACGCCCAUACCCGCCUGUCCGACCAUUUCCAAGCAGCCCUUGGAUCUCUACAGGCUGUAUCUACUUGUGCGCGACCGGGGAGGAUUUGUUGAGGUGACGAAAAACAAAACGUGGAAAGACAUAGCUGGCUUACUCGGUAUUGGGGCGUCUUCGUCCGCCGCGUACACGCUACGGAAGCACUACACAAAGAAUCUGUUAGCUUACGAGUGUCAUUUUGAUCGGGGUGGGAUAGACCCGCAACCCAUCAUCAACCAGGUCGAAGCCUCCACUAAGAAGAAGAGCGGGAAGAACAACAACGCUGCUAAUGCAGGUAAGGCAGGAAGUUCGAACAACGCUGAACAAUUUGCGGGAAGCGGCGCUGGCGGAGCACCUAUUGACGCCUACCAGCCUCACUACGCGCCGUAUCCGCCUCAGCCCGCUCAGCAAGGCGGCGGGGCGGGCGGGGACAUCGCCGCGUCCAACCCGUUCGACGAGCCGCCCGGCCCGCGGAGACCGCCAGGUUACCAACAAGGAUAUGGUUAUGAAUAUGGGUCCCCGUAUCCGGGUAAUCGGCCUGUUUACCCGCCAUAUGGCCCCGAAGGGGAUAGGGGUUACAGUCCUGGUGAAUACGGCCGAUAUGGCGGUUACGGCGGGCCGUAUCGUGCAGGAGCACCCGCUCCGGGCCCUGGCGCGACCCCCGGAGCCCCGGCGCCACCUUCCCCGGCCGGGGCCCCUCCUGCGCAGCCUUACCCGGACUAUUACCGCCAGCCGCACCCGCAUCAACCGCCACACCCCCCUCCACAUCCGCCACACCCGCCACAUUCGCCUCAACAACCGCAUGAGAUUGCGUCGUGCGGCGGGCUGAUGGGCUCGCAGCUCGCGAGGCAACUGGUGGCGCCGCUGCCCCCCGCCUCCAGACCAUACCAAUACGGCGGCAAGGGCGCACCCCCGGUUCCUAAUGCGGGUCCACCCGGCGUGGCGGGAGCACCUCGGCGGCAUCCAGACUUCGCGAAGGAGCCCUACAAUUCGAGUGCCCCACCCGGGGCGCCGCCGAGCCCCGCGGGGCCUCGAUUUGGCGGCGGUUGGGGUCCCGGGUUUCAGCGUGCCGCAUCACCUGGCUGGCGACCGCCCCACCACGCCCCCCUACCCCACCAUCAACAACCAGGAUGGCCUCCACAACCUCAUCAGCCGCAUCAACCCUACCAUCCACCGGCGGCGGGCGGACCGGCGUGGGGCGGGCCGCGGCCACCGCAGGAUCUCACGCCCGCCGCGCCUUCGCCCGGGGCGACAUCUGGUGUCGGCCAAAUUAAACGAGAAUUGACUUUCCCUCCGGAGUGUGUGGAAGCGACGGUGCCCGCGCCUGAGAAAAGACGCAGACUGACAAAGGGUGACGUCGCCCCGGUGGACGCGUGGCGAAUCAUGAUGGCGCUCAAAUCGGGUCUCCUCGCGGAGACCUGCUGGGCGCUAGACAUCCUCAAUAUUCUACUGUUUGACGACACCUGCAUCGGGUUCUUCGGCCUCCAGCAUCUGCCCGGUUUGCUCGAUUUGCUGCUGGAGCACUUCCAGCGGAGUCUCGCCGACGUGUUCGACGCGCCCGCUAUGGCUCCCGAGCCGUGGUACGCGCCGCCGGCGGUCAAAGAAUCUGUUGCGCCGCCACCCCGACGUAUCGAGCCCCCCGACCCCGCAGACCGCAUUAAGGUUACCACGGGCGAGAACUACACGCUGCAGUCGCGUCGUCGCGUGCCUGUCACCUUCGUCACUAAGCUAGACGACGACGCGCUCUUUGCGCCCGAGGAUCCCGAAACCAACCAAGACGUCGAGGACGUGAUAGAGCCUUGGCAAACCGACACGGUCAAUAGAUUCGACCACGUGAUGCCCUGCUUCCGUGCCGAGUUCGUACAUCUGCCGUUCGCCCGGGUUCUGCCAGGAGAGCGAGCACCCUCGCCGCCCGCGCCUCCGGCGUCGCCUCACUCUGACGGACCCAGCGAUACGCCCGCCCUUCCCGAUACGGCCGACCCGCCCCCCUCCGAACCCCCGUCCACGGCCACGGACGAAGGUGACAACUUGGAGGCGGAACCGAUGGACAUAGAACCGGAAAGAAAACCGGCGUUGCAAAUUCGGGAUUCCGCCGGAGUGCUCAAAAGACGACGUUUGGAGGACUACGAGGACGAAUGCUACACGCGCGACGAACCUAGCCUUAAUCUUAUCAACGAAACGCGGGACGCCCUCGCCAAGCGGUGUAUAGCGUUAUCCAAUAUUCUUCGCGGGCUGACCUUCGUACCCGGCAACGAGGCGGAAUUCUCGAGGUCGAGCGCUUUCUUAGCUCUCGCUGGAAAGCUCCUGCUGCUACACCACGAACACGCGCCUCGGGCGGCCCGAGCCAAGGCCUACGAGCGUGCCGCCAGAGACGAGGUGGACGCGGACGCGUGCUGCUCCAGCCUGAAGGGCGAGAGCGAAUGGUGGUGGGACACGUUGGCGCAACUGCGGGAGGACGCGCUGGUCUGCUGCGCAAACAUCGCCGGCAGCGUGGAGCUGUCCGGUCAAUCGGAAGCCGUGGCGAGGCCGCUUCUGGACGGCCUCCUACACUGGAGCGUGUGUCCCGCGGCCGUCGCCGGCGACGCCCCGCCGACGGCCUCCCCGGCGUCGCCCUUGUCUCCUAGAAGAUUAGCCCUAGAGGCGCUUUGUAAAUUGUGCGUGACGGAUGCUAACGUGGAUCUCGUCCUGGCGACGCCCCCGCGAGGGCGUAUCGCCGCGUUGUGUGCGGGCUUGGCGCGGGACCUGUGCCGGCCCGAACGGCCCGUGGUGCGGGAGUUCGCGGUGAAUUUGCUGCAUUACUUGGCGGGAGCGGGCGGCGCCGCGGCCCGCGAGGUGGCUACGCACGCGCCCGCCGUGGCGCAGCUGGUCGCCUUUAUCGAGAGGGCGGAGCAGACGGCUCUCGGCGUCGCUAACCAACACGGCGUGGCGGCGCUCCGAGACAACCCUGACGCCAUGGGUACGUCCCUGGACAUGUUGAGGCGAGCGGCCGCCACGCUGCUGCGUCUGGCGGAGCACCCCGAAAACAGGCCGCUGAUCCGCCGCCACGAGAGGAGACUGCUGUCGCUGGUGAUGAGCCAGAUCUUAGACCAGAAGGUCGCACACGAGCUGGCCGGGGUGCUGUACCACUGCAGCCAACAAAAGUGUGACGAACCGCAGGAAGAGUGA